AGUGUGUGCUGCUGCGCGACGGCUGCUCCUCCUUUCCUCCUCGUCCUCGGGGCGAUCUAUAACUGUUUCUCUCACCAAAUCCCCGUGCAAAGAAGCAGAUAUAGUACUUAAGUAGUGACUGAAAGAAAAAAUAAAAAUUGUCAGCGACGACGUACGAAGAAAGUAGGUAUACUUAUAAGUAGGUACAGUGAUUGUUGCGUACAGGUGUGUACGCAUAAAGUGUAUAUAGCCACGCAAUAUAACCAUCGGCCAAGGUGGUGAUCGCAAGCGUCAAGCUCGCCUUUAUAGUGAGUGAUUUUCCGUGUCUCUCCUUGGGGCGCGUACUUAUAGGGGGCCAAACGCUGCCAAAGUGCAAUAUAUAGUUCCGUGUCACUGCUGCAGCGAAGACGAGAACGCGGAAAAAGCGCGUGCGGGAGCACCGAUCGUACGACACUGCAUCCACUUGCUUAUCUCUCUGUCUGUGCACCAAGUUUUACUCUUCUUUGCAUAUAGCUCCUGUAGCUCGUGCUGCUGUUGUCUGCGUGCAGUAUGUAAAAGCAUUAGGAGAACCAAGGAGUGCCGACGACGAGGACGAGGACGACCGUAGCUAUACUUGUGCGUGCCUAUGCGCGUGUACAUUGUACAACAUAUAAGAGCCCCAUAUCCUAUACUCUCUGCAGUCUGAACGGCUGCAGUGGCUGCUGUCAGUUAUACAUAUACGUAUUAUCCGUUUGUUGUAGAUAUAUAUGUACUAAAGUGUCGUGCGUAUUAAAUGUCAACAGUGAUGAACAGACGACAAUCCUCGGAGCUGUACUCGAACUCUGUUGCGUGUAAACCAGGUAUUAAAUUUUUGUAGCCAGUGCUCAAAGAACAAGUCUAUGGCCACUGCAAGAGAGGAACAGCAGUGAGAGUGAGGUUAGGUUGUGCGCGUGUGCGCGUCGUCGUCGUCUGUUUCCAUCAUCUACGAGAGGGACGUAGAAGAAAAAGUGGACAGCGUAGCAAUUGUGCGUAAUUUUGUUCGUGGGUAUAUGUGUUAAGAGAGUAAGAAAUAAGCAUAGGUGCGUCGUAAUCCGUCGAAUUUCGAAGCUGUUGUAGACAGAGGGAGAGAGCCACUUCAAUGACCUUGGCUCCCUCGCCAGAAAAAAGCACCAACGGAGCCGGCGUGCCGCUAUAGUUAUCGCUACGUCGUCAGCCGCCAGUUUACAGAUAUAGUAUCAGGAUGCCGAGCACGACCAGCGGUGGGCUUUCACCGACAGGAUAGGAGAAUAUCGUAGGUUGUACCGUCCCAAAUAUGACAGGAAGGUAGUGAGGCUUGACUGAAGCCGCAGUUGCUCCUUCGUGUGUUAACAUGGCACCACUACCGGAUCAGCAGCGCCAGGAGCCCGUCGACUCCUCUUCGUCCAGUAAGAGUGACUCGUCUGCUACUGCUGACGCUGCGAACGCUACCGCCAGUGCUACGGACUCCUCGUCAUCGUCGUCUGCGAGUGCAGCCGUCCCACCCGAGACGAACUGCAGUGGCAGCAGUAACAGUAGCCAGCAGCAGCAGACAACCGAUGAGGAGAACACCUUGCCUAGUCUAAACAAUGCCAGCGUCGUCGAGGGCAAAAAAGUGUCCAAGGAAGGGACCACUGAUCUCUUAGAGUUGGACGAAAACGAAUUGCGGAAAUUGUUAGAAGAAGCCGUUGAGUACAGAAGUCCCAAAGAUCGUGCUGGAAAGUCCGAGCAUUUUCAGGAGCUGUUGACGAGCGUCGAGGCGGAGGAGCAGAAGAAUUUACUGUUCUUCGCCAGCGGGGCGGGCGGCUCCUCCUCGUCGCGGUACGCGCGCAGCAAUUACAACAGCAACAACUACAGCAGCGGCGGCGGGUACAACAACGGUCGUCGGUCGCACGGCUCGAGACGCGACUCGACGGCCUCGGUGGCCGAGCACCUCACCCACGGCGGCUCCCUACAGAACCUGGCCCAGGAGUCGUCGCUGUCCUGCGGCGGCCUCGCGGCCUCACACUACUCCUACUACUACUCGUCCUCGGCCUCUUCGUCGACCUCGUCCUCGUACUACAAUAGCGGCGGCGGUGGCAGCGGUGCAUACGGAAAUUACGCCGGUGCGGGCAAGCGCCGUCAAACGAGGAAGGGCCACCCCGGCCCAAGUGUCUCGGCCAGGCAACGCGAGGGUGGCUCCCUACCCUCGAACGUCGACGCCAGCCAUACCCUCGUCGGGCCCUCGCUCGCCAAUUUCCAAUUAGCGUUCGAGCAGAAGAAAGGUUUAUCUGAAGAGAAAUCGGUGCACAAUUGGUUUAAUAAUAAAGAAAAGUCCAAGUCUUUGGAUAAACCUUCGUAUUCAAAAAGAGACGACAAAGAGAAAGACAGGAAAGAGGGUAAAUUGAGUGGUUCGUCGUGUGACAUUGAAAGUGAAACGCGCGACAAACGAAGCAGUAGCAGGGGAAAACUUGGAACAAAUGAGAUGCUCGAGCCAGAUAACUCACCACCAGAGUACAAAGAUAAACAAGAUUGUAUGGUGAUCAGUGUGGAUGAUCUGGAGGCAAGCGGUGUCAGUGAGCAGAAUGCUUCAGCCGCGCUCGGAGGUGUUCAGCCACAGAAUCACCACCACCACCACGGUAAUCAACAACAGCACUCGUCGGGGCCACGCUCGCUGGACGCCGAUGAUGACGAGGGCACUGAAAUGAAAGUGAUCGACAACAGCAGCCGCGCACAAUUCAUCACGCACGCGUCCUUAACAGUUAGUCAGGCCGCCGCGGCCGCCAGUCAAAAUCAAGUCGACUCGGGCAUCAAUUUUUCCACGUUAGAAAAGCUUCCAACCUCAAAUAGCGCCAGCAACAACAAUAACUCGAACAUCAACAACAACGACACUAGCAGCAAGAACGAGCUCCCCUUUCCACCCUACAACGGCAAAUUGAUGACAAUUGGAGCAGGUUCGACGCUGUCUUUCUUAUCCUGGACUAGUCUUUUCGGACCUGCGAAUGUCAUUAAAGGCAAAGAAUCGUCUAGCGAAAAGGCAGUGGACGUAAACGGCAACUCCGUACAGAGUAGCAAUAGCGCGAGUGAGCGCAACGGCGAGCGUAAAAAGCCCAGGCGUAAGAACACCCAGGAAGCCAACUGUAUUACCUAUCCGGCGCAAAAAGUGCCGGGCCACCGCGAUGACAACAUCGACAGCCUAGUGAACUUUAUCGAAAACAAAGACGUAAAGGGCAAAAAGGGGAAGACCAGCAGCGGCGGCGGUGGCGGUGGUGGUGGAAGCAGCAGUAGCAGUUCGAUCAAAGUUAAAGCUACCCAGGCCAACGCCAAAUCGUCAAGAUCGUCGCGUGACUCUAAAGAUACCGGUGGCAAGAAGAGGGAACAAGUGUCCGGCAAGUUGCAAAAGUCCAACUCGCUCGAGGAGAUCUCCAAGACCAAGCUCGAGGAUCUCACGGCGGAGUCGGGCGCUGCUUCUAGCUGCUCCAAUAGUGUCUCCAGCAACAAUGAUUCUGUCAACGUAGUCUUGCGUCGUUCAAAGCAGCGCAGUACAGGCGAUACCCAGGCCGUCGAUUUGAGAGGUGACCGACGUUCCUGGGGGACCGAGGCUUCCCAGUCGAUCAACUACAAUGAAAUCGGCGCUGACUACAGCAGCUUCAAUUCUGUAGUGAAGAACGAGUCAGAGACCGAAUUCCACGUCGUCACUAGCAAGAAGACAAAGAAAACAAAGAAACAACCCCAGGGUAGGAGUUCGAGUGGCAGCCGCGCACAGAAUCUCGGGGGCUCGGGUGGCAGAGAAUUCUCGAAUAAUUAUAGAAUGCCCUACUCACCUGAACUUACACGCAAAUUGGCCAGUAGUGUGGCGGCAAGUGAAAAAUCAGACAGCAGCGACGGAGAAUCAAAUCAUUCAAAUCGUUCGCUGCCUGCGACGUCGAAAUUCGAGUCAUUCAAGACACCUUCCGGAGAGAUUGCUGUAGACACUUUGGAGACGGUUACUUCUCAAUCCGCGAAUAGCGCUAUGCAGGUGAGCUACGCAGGAGCAGUGACGCGCAAUAAACCUGACGCGCUCGACAAAUCUAUGCCAGUGCUGGGACAGUUGAACUGUAUGCCUAGCACAAACUUGGUGGGAUGGCCGAACGUUUCGUCAAAAAGUACUAGUGCCCCUAGCAGUAGUAUCGAGCAAACUGCUGAUAAACUACAGAACGAUCACUACCCGCCCCUGCAAGAGACGCAAAAGUCUGCUCGAUUGCAGCAUCACGCUUCUGCGCAGCAACAGCAGCAGCAGCAAACCACAUCGAGCCCGAACGUUGAAAAGCCGUCCUCCCCGACGACAAUACCAAAGCCUGCAAAAACUUUGCCCGAAAGUAGCGGCAAAAAAUUGACUGGGACAACCAGUCAAGAGGAGCCAGCGGCCAGUAAAGUCGACAUUGAGAGUACACAGCAGCUGCAGGAAAGUAAACAGCUGAGUGGCAAUAAUUCUAGUCUGGUAACAAGCGAAACCGCUCCGAUCCACCCACUGCCUCCAAAAUCGCCUGAAACGCUGCCCGCCUACUCGUCUUCGCCAUCUGAAAUCGAAUCUUCUGGAAAUAACGAAAGCAGCGCUACUAGCUCUAUUAAAGACACAAAAAAUAUCACCAUGAGGGUACGCAAACAGGUUCACCCCUCGCAGAUGCCUGGAGCAAGCGUACGAGAGUUCUCGUCUUCUCAUAGCCAGCAGUCUCAUGUGGCAGAUGAUUCGAAGAAGAUUCUAAACAUUCAGUCCGAGGAGCAAGCAAAGCUUGCCAGUAAUCCCAGUCUAUUGCAAGAUGACAGGGACGUAAAGAAAAUAUCGAGCACACACAGCGUGAUGGUGGCAGGACCGCCCGAAGCUGAUGUCGCUAAGCCAAGGAUAGGAAAUAGUGUUAAGUUGUUAUCGCAAUACCGAUCUAUUGUGGAAAAAACUGACAGACUUCCGAAAGCUAUCAAGGAUCCACAGCCAAUCAGUUCGAAGGAAAGUUCGACUGUGUUUUACCAAUCGCAGUCUUUGAACUAUCGCCAAGAAAAACAGGCCGAGGAUUCAGAUGGUAAAAAGUCAAAGCAGUCGGUUUCCAUCAAGUCAGAAAAGGAGCAGGAGCUUCCCAAAGUGCAGAUGGUGGCAAAAUCGUGCCCAGUAACUGCUGCGAGUGGAGCAUCAUCGUCUAGGCCUGCUGUUAUUCUGCUUGAUGAAAACGUCACUGACCAAGAUAAAAACGCAGACGCAGAGACCAGUGAGCUUACCUUCGGUUUUGAAGUCAACGAGGAUCUUCUUCAGUCCGAAGAUUCAGACGAGGCCGAUAGCUCUCUGACUCCGGUUGCUAGUCCAGACACUAUUUGUUUCUCAAAUUCAUCAAAGAGUUACAAUAGGUCGCAGCCUCAUCAGCCGUCCCAGCAACCGCAGCAGCCACUGCCUAUCGCUUUCGACAAGCAGCAGCCGCAUCCGCACCAGCACGUGAGGGUCCCAAGUUACCCGGUUAACGCGUAUAUGCCUGUGCACCCGAUACCCCCGCACUCAGCAGUCAUGGUUCAGGCCAUGUAUGUGGGCUGUCCAGUAAGAUUCCAAAGCCCGUAUCACAUGAUGCCUCAUAUGCAGCCUGUGCCAGUGGCGGUCGUCGAAAAGUGUCCCAAGCCUAGAGAAGACUUCCAUUAUCCACGAUACAUUGCUCCUGAUGAAAGCCACGUACAAAAAUUCAAUCAUGACAAAAUCGUGUCAUUCGUCGAAAUGGCUUGGGACGACGUGAUGGUAGAGUUAAAUACUAUUGGUCGCGUUCAAUACUACGAUGUGAACAGUGACACAAACUGAAAAAAUACUGCGGACAAUAGACUAUUACGUCGGAUAAAGUGCUUUUACGCGAUUCGAAAAAAAACAUUAAACACUAAAGGUAAUUAUGAAAUACGUGUAUACAUGCAUAAGAAAUAUGCGUACAUAUUCCUACUGCAUUCACGAUGGAUUUAACAAAAAACUGCCUUAUUUGUCAUGCAUCUGAUUGUAGUGCUCGUUUAGUGCUGGUGCGACAAAUAUGUUUAAAUUUCGUGAAUUUCGAAACUAAUAACGCAGUUGAACUGCGCUUGAACAUAAUCGUGAAAUAAAUCUCAGCUGGAAGAGAAAAGCGAGUUAGUUGCGUUAAUAGAGUUCAAUGAUUCAAAGUGCGUGAAUAUAAAAAAAAAAAAAAAAAAAAAAAAAAAAAAAAAAAAACGUUGAAUCAACGAAGCCAAGUGGCGCAGUCUAGUGCCUCAACAGGUAGUUUAAACAAGUGUACAUACGCGUGUCUGCAAGCAGCAUAAGGUAUAAAAGAUAUUAACGAAAAACAUAAGUAGAAGAGUUGAGAACCCUCGAUUAAAAUGUAUAGUGCAUCGAGUAGCAAAGCGUUUCUUAUACUUCUAAAGAUGGGCAUACUACUUUUAAUCGAAAGUAAAUAGACUAUUUAAGAGUCAUAAUUGCGAAAAAUCAAAAGUUUGUGGAACUUGAUGACUUUUUCCAUGUAUAAACAACGCGUAUGUAUAUACCCCAAGAGUUCCCUCUGCGAGGGAACAUGUACAAGCUACCUAUCGAACCAUGGGGGAAAAAAAAAGAAAAGAAAAAAACUUUUAAAGUGAACGUUAUUGUGUUGUAGUUUGUGAUUUUCGUCGAAAUUCUUGUGUCAAGUUAUAAAACAGUGGUUUCAAAGCUGCGUAAUUCGUGUGCGUAAUCUAAUGCGAAUGUUAAAAUUGACCAUAACGAAAAGACAGUGCAAGAAUCUUUUUUUAACUUGUUCAAAUUAAAAGGAAAAAAAAAUUACAAAAAAAGUUGUCAACAAUGUCAACAAUAGUUUCGUGUAUGAGAUUUGUGAAAAA